CAGAUCCCCACCCUAACACUCGCUGGUGCCCGUAUAGCCCUUUCCGCAGCCGAACACCACGCCCACCGUAUCUCUGUCCCCAUGAACAUCGCCAUCGUCGACUCUUCCCUGCAUCUUCUCUGCUUCACGCGUAUGGACGGCGCAAAACUCACCUCGAUCUCCAUUGCUCUAGACAAAGCCUUCACAGCAGCGGGACACCGGACCCCAACCUCUUCCUACCGCGAGAAUGUAUGGCCAGGGGGUGCAGCUUACGGAAUUAAUGGGAGCAACGGUGGAAGGUUUUGUACCAUUGGGGGGGGUGUGCCGAUUAUGGAUGAGGAGGGAAGGGUGUUGGGGGCUGUGGGGUGCAGUACGGGGACGCCGAAGCAGGAUGAGGAGGUUGCGUGGAAGGGAGUGGAUGCUGUG